AUGAGAACACAACCCUUUCUCACGCCUUCACCGUACCUCCCAAUCUUCUCAACUGCAGAAGAAAUCCUACCCAACAUCUUGCUCGUUCCACUUGAUCUGCAUCGUACCCGUAUCAUACAUCACCUACCCUGCCCCCGAAGCUUCCCGUAUGCCUUGUCAGUCUCUAUGAUGUCGUCUUCUACUUCCGACCAAAUCUUGCACCCCACGAAUCCAGUCCUGUUGAGGGAUGUGAACAUACCGAAGGAAAAAGGGCAGACACGCGUUCUUCCAGACGGAAGCCUCCUAUAUCACGAGCCUUUAACCAACAAAGAAGUGCCGGCUGUUCGUCUUGAAGAUAUCAGGCUCAAAGUUGUUCAACAAGCAUCUAAAAAGCUUUCAUAUAGGUUUCCCAAGAAGUGCGGAUACGAGGACACAAACUUGACAGCCUUCGUGAAGAAGGAUUACAAUUAUGGACCUGAGCGGGAGAACCGACCGGACCGUCUGUUUCAGAUCAGAAAUGACGAUGCAAAGGGCGAAAAGCCUAAUGGCUAUGUCAUUGAUGAAGGUCGGAUCGUCCUCGACGCAUUUGAUCAUGGCCUCCGAGACUUCGGAAAUCAGCUCCCCAUGUACGUGUCCUCUGAACUUGAAGGACACGACAUCGAGGACUAUCUCCGUCGAAAUCGGGAGAUAUCUGUUUACGAUCUUGUUGCCCGGGCUCCCAACGGCUACUACAAAGGAAACCCUCAAACGAAGAACAAAAAGACUGAAAAGGAGGAGAAAUCGAGGGAAUGGCAUCAGGGCCCUCCCAGAGUCGGAACAUUCAGUAUGCGGGCAACACGGUUCCGACUGCGCGCUGGAUGUUUGUCCUGGGAGAAGAAGGACGGCACGGUCGCCAAGAACCAGAGGAUCCUUGACGUUAUACCUGCCCGGUACAAGGAUCCAACAGUCAACUCGACUAAAGGCUGGCGCGACCUCAAUACAGCUGAAAUCAAGAAAAUCAAAGAUGGCGCCAUGAAAAAGCCUCAGCAAGGGCCCAAAAAAAGGCGAGCUACUGAGGCGAAAAAGGAAGCCGAAGAUCUUCAAAAGAACGAGGAGUACGAAGAGGAAGUAGGCAGCCAAGACGGGUGCUUCGAGUAUACGCCUGGUGGUGUAGAGGAGGAGGAGAACUACGUCUCCCCGGCCCUUAACCACGGAAGCGCUGCCGGCUUUAGCACACGACGCCCAUGGACAAACAUCAAGCCUGACAAUGAACUUGACUAUCAUGGAGGUUUGAGUCUUCCGGAACCCCCCAAGCGAUCGAGGGAGCAGAAGUCGACAAAAAUGGGGGAUCUGGAAGAGGACUUCGAGGCUCGACCAUUUAAGAAAGGAAGAACGCCAAUGCAUGCUCACAACUCGCAAGGUGUAAGGGAUGGCACCAACCUCCUUCCGCAUACACGUUCAAAAAGCCAAAAGCAAAGGCAUAGACGAACCGGUGGGCCGAAGCCCGAGGAUGCAGUAGAAGAAUCCAUGAGAUUUUCAUCUGCCACGAAUCCAUAUGACCUACAAGACCAAGGUAUACACACGUGGCCCUCGAGUGCUGGGUUUAAUCAUACACUGGCCCCCUUACCUGAGAGCCUUGAUCAACCUUGGGACACCCUUGGAAGAAAUUCGGAGGCUCGUCGGUCCCCCAAGGAGCUGAGAAGCGAUGAGUGGCGUCAGUCGGACACGAGGGAUCCGCAAACGUACUUCCACCAAGACAAUCUCGACAGUGACUACUUCCAUGAGCCACCUCCGGGCCCACAUGAGGGCUUUACCCUAGGCUCACAAUCGGUUGGCUUUCAUGCGCGCUUUGCGAACGUGGGUUCGCAGGUGCGAGGGUUCGACAUGAACCAUAGUACCAGUCUCCCAGCAGUCACACAGUAUAAGAGCUCCCAGUACGACCUUCCACAGGACGACUAUUCACAAGGCGACUAUCCACAGGGCGGCUUUCCACAGGACGGCUUUCCACAGGACGGCUAUCCAUGGGACGUCUACCCGCAGAACGACCUUGCUCAUGAGCGCUUUCCACAAAACAGCUUUUCACGCGACAGCCUUCCACAGACUAUUCCCCCACAAGACACCGGUCCAUCUGAGGGUCUGACUCGAGAAAGCCUUCGACAAGAACAUCCAUGGAAUGGCUCUCUCUAUGGUAAUCCUUCUUGCAAGGACGCUUGA